AAAGAUUCCGCGUUUGCUGUGUAACUGUGGUGGAGACACUGUAAUCAAGCAAAAAGGAGAAGAAGGGCAGAGGCAGCCAGGCUGGCUUUUAUAUCCCUCUGUCAAGCUGAAGACUUCAGCAGACAAAGAGCGUUUCUUACGUAUCAGUCUUCAAACUUCGCGUUUGGAGUUGAUCCAGGAUGCAGUUCUACCUUGUGCUGUUGCUGGGGAUUGUGGCCUCCGCUGCUCCAGGGGAACGGAGGCCCCCAGUGAUCAAGGUCAACUCUAAGGUGGUGACGAAUUCUGAAGUGGUGAUUAACCCCGGGGAGCCUCUGGAUCUGAGAUGUGAGGGCGACCGGCCUGUAGUCUUUCAACCCAGGCUGCCCAAACACAGACGCUACAUGUCCAAGAACAGCGGGAACUUUCGCACCUUUAAGGUGGACCGUCCCUCUGCGGAAUUCACCGGAACCUACAAGUGUGUGUACACCACCAGCUCACAGCAGCUGGCCUCCUCAGUACACGUGUAUGUCAAAGAGCCAGGCCGUUUGUUCUGGACCAGCAGCACGUCCCUGCGGGUGGUGAGAAAGGAGGGCGAGGACUACCUGCUGCCCUGCCUGCUGACCGACCCAGCAGCCACGGACGUGGGCCUCCGCAUGGAAAACGGCACCACCGUGCCGCCGGGAAUGAACUUCACCGUCAACAAGCACCAGGGCAUUCUCAUCCACAGCCUCCGCCCCAGCUUCAACGCCGAGUACGUCUGCACAGCCAAGAUCAACGGAGUGGAGAAGCCCUCCAAAGUCUUCUCCCUCAACGUCAUUCAGAAGCUCCGCUUCCCUCCGUACGUCUUCUUGGAGACAGAUGAGUACGUGCGCAUCGUUGGGGAAGAACUCAAGAUUCGCUGCACCACACACAAUCCAAACUUCAACUACAACGUCACGUGGAAAUACAAAACCAAAUCAAAACCAUCAGAAAAGGAGGUGGUUCGUUCCAGUGGAGAAAAUCGCCUGGACAUAGAGAGCAUCCUGACCUUCUCUGCCGUGGACCUCGCAGACACAGGGAAUAUCUCGUGCAUCGGUGAAAACGAAGCAGGGUUGAACAGUUCCACCACGUACCUGCUGGUUGUGGAUAAGCCCUACAUCAGGCUGUCGCCGCAGCUGUCGCCCAGACUGACCCACAAGGGUCUUUCAGUCGAGGUGAACGAGGGAGAGGACCUGGAGCUCAGUGUGCUCAUCGAGGCGUACCCCCGCAUCACGGAGCACAGGUGGAUCACGCCGACGUCUCCCAGCACACCCACACAGGAGCACAAGUUCACCAGAUACAACAACAGAUACCUUGCCACGCUGCACUUGAAGAGAAUGAAUUCACAGGAGCAGGGCCAGUACACCUUCUACGCUAGCAGCAAGUUGACAAAUGCAUCCAUCACAUUUCAAGUGCAAAUGUAUCAGAGACCCGUUGCUGUGGUGAGAUGGGAAAAUGUAACCACUCUUACUUGCACCUCAUUUGGCUAUCCCGCCCCCAGAAUCAUCUGGUAUCAGUGCUUCGGAAUAAGAGCCACGUGCAAUGAGAACACCACAGGGCUGCAGUUGGCAAUCCCUCUCCAGGCUGCUACAGUGGAGGUCCAGAGGGAGGAGUACGGGGCCGUGGAGGUGGAGAGCGUCCUCACCGUGGGGCCUUCCAUCCGGAGGAUGACGGUCGAAUGCGUGGCCUUCAACGUUGUCGGCGUCAGCAGCGACACGUUUACCGUGGACGUCACUGACAAGUUCUUUACUUCCACCUUGAUCGGAGCAGCAGCCAUUCUGGCCGUCCUGCUGGCACUGCUGAUUUUUAUGUUUUACAAAUACAAGCAGAAGCCGAGAUACGAGAUACGUUGGAAGAUCAUUGAAGCGAGGGAUGGCAACAACUACACCUUUAUUGACCCCACUCAGCUGCCCUACAAUGAGAAGUGGGAGUUCCCUAGAGACAAGCUCAAACUAGGGAAGAUCCUGGGUGCAGGUGCAUUUGGAAAGGUUGUUGAAGCUACAGCGUACGGUCUGGGAAAGGAAGACAAUGUGAUGCGAGUGGCUGUUAAAAUGUUAAAAGCCAGUGCACAUUCAGAUGAGAGGGAGGCUCUGAUGUCUGAGCUGAAGAUCCUGAGUCACCUUGGUCACCACAAGAACAUAGUCAAUCUGCUGGGCGCCUGCACUUACGGAGGACCAGUGCUUGUGAUAACUGAGUACUGCAGCCUGGGCGACCUCCUGAACUUUCUUCGCCAGAAGGCGGAGACCUUUGUAAACUUUGUCAUGAAUAUCCCCGACAUCAUGGAGAGCUCUAACGACUACAAGAAUGUCUGCAUUCAGAAGCAGUUUAUCCGAAGUGACAGUGGGAUCUCCAGCACGUCUUCGGGCAGCUACUUGGAGAUGAGACCCACCCAGAUGUCCACUAUGGAAUCAUCUCAAAACUCUGUAUGUGAGGAGACGGGGGACUGGCCGCUGGACAUCGAUGACUUGCUGAGGUUUUCCUUUCAAGUAGCUCAGGGCCUUGACUUUCUGGCUGCCAAAAAUUGUAUUCACAGAGACGUGGCUGCGAGGAACGUCCUCUUGACCAACCGCAGGGAGGCGAAGAUUUGUGACUUUGGCCUGGCACGGGACAUCAUGAACGACUCCAACUACGUAGUGAAGGGCAAUGCACGUUUGCCGGUGAAGUGGAUGGCUCCGGAGAGCAUCUUUGACUGUGUCUACACCGUCCAGAGCGACGUCUGGUCCUACGGCAUCCUCUUGUGGGAGAUCUUCUCUUUAGGCAAGAGCCCGUACCCGAGCAUGGCUGUGGACUCGCAGUUCUACAAAAUGGUCAAGUGCGGCUACCAAAUGUCUCAACCAGACUUUGCUCCACCUGAGAUCUACUCAGUCAUGAAGAUGUGCUGGAACCUGGAGCCCACGGAGCGUCCAACGUUCAGCAAAAUCACUCAGAUGAUAGAAAGGCUACUUGGAGACCAGCCAGAGCGGGAACAGCUAAUCUACCAGAAUGUGCAGCAGCAGCAGCAGGAGCAGCAGCAGGAGGUCACGGAGGGUGGAGAGUGUAACGAGCCCAAGUGCUACGACGGCCCCUGUGACCAGUCUUGUGACCACGAGGAAGAGGAGCAGCCUCUGAUGAAGACCAACAACUACCAGUUUUGCUGAAAGCCCCCGCCAGCCGCCACUCAAGCCGAUAAACAAAUCGCUCAUCAACAAGCGCCAGGAAGAGUGGCAUCAGCUUUACUUCGUGGCCACAAAGGCACCCCAGCUUGUUCGAAACCAAGUCGCAGAGAGUUGCCUCCUCAGCUAUUUUUUGCCCCUCGCGUCUGCUCUCCAGACAGACCAGCAGCUGUGGCGAGCAUGUGACCUGCUUCUUCGCAGACCAUGACAAGAAUUUGCCACGUCUAACUCCCGACUGCAGACAUGAAAGGAGGAAACAUGUCGACGAACAUGACGAACCACACACUCCUCCAGAGCUGUACUUUAUCCUAAAUAUUUCUCCCUGUCAGAAUGCUUAUCUCCCCGUUAUUUCUGCCGAAUGUGUCCUUAGUUGUCUAUUGUACUCUGUUAGUGAUUCGUAUUGCUGCCUCAUGAGAUGGAGUGUCUUGUUUUUGUGGCGAUUUAAGUCCAUUUUGUCAGCAGGUUCACUUCCUUUUCAUCAGUUUGUUGCAUGUAUGGUUCCUCAGGAGGAAGCAACCGAGUAUUUACAAACACUGGCUUGAAGCUAUGAGAGCCGCCCGUGUCCACGCGUUGCAGACAACAUGGGAUUUGCACUCUGAUCAUGUUAACUGGACGUUUCCGAUGCUAUUUUUUUUCAAACAUGUUAAAUCGACUGUAGCCGGAGCCAAAGAACGACUGUGUUGUUUUCUUCCCGUAAUUUAGUCAUAGCUGUAUUUCUUGUGACACACUUAUAGCAGCUGUCAGUCGUUGGGGGGAGGCAACAUGUGAUUGUUCCACCGCAAUUAAAUUACCAGUGUUCAGGGCGAUUUGGGAGCAGGGAAUACAACUGAGCCGAGCAGGGAUAUCUGUGCAUCCAUUGUGGGUCAGAUGAAUAUUUUAUGUUUGACAGUGUGAACGUUUUUCCCCCCGUGUGUGUGUCUGUGUGUGUGUCUGGUUAAAAUGUCAGCUUCACCAACAGUUCUAUGUAGCAGUCAGCCUUCACUGCCAACUGUAUGAAGAUUUCAGACUUACUCAUAAGCUAUGUGAGAUGCAGACUGCAAAUUUGCAUGACUCCAGGCAUUUCAAACGUGCUUGCUUCUGAAUGAAAAACGAGUAAGGUGUCGAAUAAUGUAUAUAUCACGUAAAUCAAAAACUAUUUUCGCUGUUGUUGAUUGUAGAACAUCAUAUACAGUGAUUUGUGUGUGGGUUUUUUUUUUUUGUGUGCAACUGAGACAAUCAAUGCAAAAGCUCCAAAUGAAGUCACCGACAACCUGCAGACGCCUUAAAUAAAGCUUUAUCAUUGAUACUCCAGAUUCUGAUGUUUCUGUCGAGAUUAUAUUCUGUACAAACAUUAAAUAUUGAAUGUCA